GUCAGAAUGACAUUUUCUAGAACAAUUCAUUUCGCGGCUCCUCUAUAACCAUGUCUGAUCGUCUCUCGCAUUUUCUAGCAAGGAUACUUCGUCAUGAUGCUCGGCAAAAAGGCCUUGAAGUUUCACCCGAAGGAUAUGUGGACGUAGAAGAAAUAUUAAAUCUACAUGAAGUCAACACUUUUACCAAAGAAGAUGUACGCACUGUUGUACACAAAGAUAGAAAAGGGAGGUUCAAGCUACAAACGAUAUCUGGAGAAUUGAAAAUUAAAGCAACACAAGGACAUACCAUGAAGUUAAGUGCAAAUGACCUCACACCUAUCAACCACUACAGUGAAGCAAGAGUAGUUCUACAUGGUACUCGCAAGUGUAAUUGGGAAUCUAUCAAGGAAAAAGGUUUGUCCAGACAAAAGAGGACACAUAUCCAUUUCGCUCAAGGAGAACAUGGACAGAAAAGUGGUUUUCCUCCAUAUUGUGACAUUGCCAUCGAGAUAGACCUGAGGAGGGCAUUAGAUGACGGAAUUAAAUUUUAUAAAUCAGAAAAUGAGGUCAUACUUAGUCCCGGAAACGCAUCGGGCUGCAUCCCAAAGAAAUAUUUUAAGAAAGCUUACCAUAUUCGCACCCGAGACGAUCUUUCACUGGAAUAGAUUGAAAAUCAUAAUGCAGCUGGCCUUUCUUGAAGUGGAUAAACAUACAUGAACACACUCUGUACAAUGACAUUGCCUUUGUGUCUAGUCAUUGUAAUGCAUGUUAGGCCGUCAUUUCAAUUGUUUGGUUUACCGUAAUAUUUUGUUUUAUUAAUCCCAGAACAUUUUAUGAUGCAGUGCAGCUAGUCUUAGAAAUAUCACUUUCCCAGUCUGUCAUACAGAUUUUGGCAGUGGUUAACAUCUUUGUAUCUAAGCAGUAUUUUUUCUGUCUGGACUGUUAUGGUAGGUGCUGGUAAUUCCUGGUUUUGUAUUAUCAAAUCCUGACCUGUUGUUACGUACGUAUAAGUUGAGACUUUCAAGUAAAACCAACCAUUUGGAACUUUAAAAUAACUUCUCAUCCGUUAUCCCGAAAACAAAUGGUUACAAAAAUUCCACCUACUUUCCCAAAUACGAACCCUCACAUUUCAAAGCAUCAUCUGAACUAGAUCUGACAAAAAGGCCAAAAAGGACACUAUCACAAAGAACUAGCGAAAGGAAUCCUCAAGGACGUGGAUAGAUAGUUAGCAGACAAGAAAUCAACAGAUAGCGACAGACCGACUCUUCAACUGUCAGAUAAAUUUGUUUUCCUUGCUUAUUCGUAACACUGGAUAGGUCCCUAUUACAGGAAGCACAUGAGUAUUACAUGGGGUCGCGUGGAUGGCGGCCGAUUAACAAAAGUCUUAGAGUUAAUUCCUGAGAACGAGACCGAAAGUAUGAACAAGCGUCAUUGAAUCAGAGCACUGCAGUAAUGACCUCCGACACUGACCAAAACGAUCCAUAGUCAAACAAACAUCAAAAUGACCAAAGACGUCAGAGAUAAGUCAGAUAAGCUAGUGGAUGUUGUCGAGUCAAAUUUUCGCUCAAAAACUGUUAAAUGUUUGUAGGCGAGUGUAUGGGAAAGUAGACAGGUUAUAACAACGAUAACAAAAAUAGGCUUAAUGUGUUACUGGAAUCAAAAGUGAUAUAAAAAGUUUUGUUUUUCACCCAAACAUAGACGAAUGUAAACCAAAUUUCUAAUUUGGUUCUGGUAUAAGUUGAACACCCUGUGAUAUAAUGAUAAAAUAAAUUAAUGGUUAAAUCGUUAAAAAAAAAAAAAAAACCCGAAAAAUAUAAUUAAUUUACAAAAGAGUGACUGGAGAGAGUUAUCAAAAUCAUGGCUGACAAUGCAUCAUAUAAAUGUUUUGUCCUAAGACUCGUAAGUGAGCAUAACUUUAGCAACUCAGGAGGCGAGUGGGGAAAUUCAAAAUCUUGAUUGGGAGGUAUGCUAGCCAGAUAUUUCAUUAAAUUUCGCAAUUUUCAUAUAUCUAUCUGUUAAUAUACCUCCGUAUUCAAUACCAUUCUUUAGGAUUGCAGGAUGUCGUCACAGCCGAUGGAAUUUAGUCCAGUGGAAUAGUGACAUGGUUACUAUAUAAACCUGUACGUAAGAUUGUUCAAAUUAUACAAUAUUAAAAAUAAAAUAUGAUAUUUUUUUCCAAUUUUUGGGAUUAAAUCUGCAUUUUGACAUUUCGACAAAUUUUGAUCUUCCCUAUUCGCCAUCUAGGUUUUAAGACUGAUAUCGCUGAUGAAUCUAUUAACGUGCUUGUCUCUCUGCCUUCCAUUUAACUGUACUGAGAUCAUACUGGUAAAUGGUUGAUUAAUUUCAAUUUUUAUAUACGCAUUUUUAUCAUUUCUGAUUGCAAAACGCUUAUUCUUGUAAUUUCAAAAUAAUUGAGUAAAUCUUAUUAAUACAUUCAAAGGUAGACAUAAGAGUUUAGAAUUGUAGCCAAGUAGACUAUGAUUAAGUUCCUGUUGUCUGGCUGUUCUUGUACUUUACUAACAAAUUAAACCUUUUGAUAAUCGUCCCGUUUGUAUACUUUUUUGAGGGUUGUUUUUUCUCCAGAUUAUGCCUUCUUAUUUCUUAUAACAAAAAGAUCCCCUACACAAUCCCAUCCGGGCCAACAAGAGUGAAUUAUAUAAGCUGAAAGCUUGUUUCGCGAUUGUUGUAAAAUAAAUAAAGUUUAUUGAUUUAAUUUGGGCUCAGAAUAUAUACAAAAGAAAGAUAUACACCAGACAACUGAAAACAAACCUGUACAAGAAGGGAAAAGACAAUGUGUUACAACAUAUACCUAUACAUAAAGAUGAUAAAGAUUGUUGAGGUCGUCAUUGAAAAAGAAGACGCUUACUCUUCCGGAACACCUGGUCUUUUUUCAGGAGUCACCGUGUAAAUCUUUCUUUUGUUCAUAUGUUUCAAUAGUUUUAUUGAAACUGAGUUUGUAUUAUGAUUUUGUUGACAUGUUGGUACAUUUUUGUAUUUUCCUGUUUUUGUUUUCACAUAUCCAGACGUUAAUCAGCAAUAAUACGGUGCUUAGAAACAUCGUCAUAAUUGAAUUAUUUAUAUUAAUUUAUUCUAAAUAAAACAUAUACAUACUUUUAUUGAUAAAA